AUGUCAGAAUUGAGUAUAGACUUUCUGGAUGAAUUAAACCAAGCUGACUCAGAAGUGGAAAACAGUAAACGCCGUUUGCAGCACUAUGAAGACAAACAGAAAGAACACUUGGCUGGCAUAAAAAGACAUAAAGAAUUACUAGCUGCCAAAGAAAAAGAAUUAGAGGAAAAAAUUGCACAAGCUAGGCAGAUCUACUCAGAGCGCAUAGAGGUCAGCAGAACUGUUAAGAGUCUUGAUGCAGAAAUGAAUCGCUUGAGAGAGAGGAUAAAUUCAGAAAAUGAUCGCCAUGGAAACAGAGAAGAAAUAGUACAGCAAUUUCAUGAUGCAAAGGAAAGAUAUGAGGAUGCAAACAGUAAAGUAAGGAAUUUAAAGAAAUUUAUUAGGCUGCUGGAAGAAAUAAUGACACAGAGAUUCAAAAUAUAUUGGCAAUUCUUAAGGCUCCUUUCUUUACGAUGCAAACUCUACUUUGACCAUUUAUUACGUAUUCGAGCUUGCUCUGGAAAAAUAAUUUUUGAUCACAAGAAUGAGACACUUUCAAUAACAGUUCAGCCUCGAGAGGAAGACAAAGCUGCCCUUAAUGAUGUGAGAUCUUUAUCAGGAGGUGAACGUUCCUUCUCAACAGUUUGUUUCAUUCUUUCUCUGUGGUCCAUUACCGAAUCCCCUUUCAGAUGCUUGGAUGAAUUUGAUGUCUACAUGGACAUGGUUAACAGAAGAAUUGCAAUGGAUAUGAUUCUUAAGGUGGCUGACUCUCAGCACCAUCGACAGUUCAUUUUGCUCACCCCACAAAGCAUGAGUUCUCUGCCUACAAGUUCCCGUAUUCGAAUCCUCCGAAUGCAAGACCCUGAAAGAGGCCAAAAAACAUUGAAUUUCCAAAAUAGGAAUGACAAAGAGGAAGAUCAAUAA